AUGCAUCAAGUGUUGAAAGAGGAUGGUACUACAGUGGAGCAUGAUGAGAGAGGCACCCUUGGUGUUGAAGCGGUGGAUAUGCUGCCCUCAUAUGGCCCGGAUGGCGUCAGAGGGCUUUUCAGCUCGGGCUUUGGGUAUGACCAGGGAGUCAUAUCAGUCAUCAAUGUCAUGCCACAAUUCCAUGCGGCUAUCCCGCAGGCGGAGAGUGAAUUUGGCAAAGGGUUUAUGACAGGCAUGCUACUCCUCGGGGCAUUUGUCGGUUGUAUCUUCAUGCCUUAUCUUGCAGACAGGAUCUCCAGGAAAUGGGCCCUGACGGUGGUCGUUAUCAUUUUUGACAUUGGGGCCGUUAUCCAGACCUCGGCCCAAAAUUACGGCAUGCUGGUUGCCGGAAGAGCAAUUGGUGGUAUUGGGGUUGGUACACUGGCUAUGGGCGCACCGCUUUAUAUCUCAGAAAUUUCACCACCAAACCUGCGGGGAACCCUCUUAGUGCUCGAAUCCAUUUGCCUCGUGUCCGGCGCGGUCAUAGCUUAUUGGGUAACGUUCGGCAUGAGAUUAGUUGAUAGUGAAGCUUCAUUCCGUGUGCCUUUUGGCUUGCAGAUGGUCAGUGCAACUCUUGUUGGGGUCGGUAUCCAUUUCUUCCCAUACUCACCACGGUGGUUGGCGCUCGUUGAUCGGCAGGAGGAUUGCCUCAAGAGUCUGAGUCGGCUGCGCGGCCUUCCAUUGAGCGAUCAGAAAGUCCAAGCUGAAUACAACGCAAUCAUCGGUGAGGUUAGAGCCCAGAAACUCAUGGAACAACAACAGCGCCCGGGCGUGACUGGCAUCAAGCGAGAGGCUCUGAUAUGGAUGGACCUAUUCAGGCCGCAGACCUGGAAGAGGACAGCAGUCGGCGUGGGUGUAGGGUUUUUCCAACAAUUCUCGGGGGUCAAUGCGUUUAUUUACUACGCGCCCACGCUUUUCCAAUUGAUCGACCAGAAGGGCGAGAUGUCAUUGAUCUUGUCAGGUGUAUUCAAUACCCUCCAGCUUCUCACUGUCCUGGUUUGUUUCUUAACAAUCGACAAAGUUGGUCGGCGCCCCUUGGCGAUACUAGGCGGUUUCCUGAUGGGAGCCUGCUAUAUUAUCAUUGCCGUGCUGAUGGCUCUUUAUGGGCCCGACUGGGCUAACCCAUCGGCCGGUUGGGGCUGCGUGGCGGUGGCCUUUCUUUACAUCCUCAUCUACGGGAACACAUACUCGCCUCUUGGUUGGGCCUUGCCUUCUGAGGUCUUCCCCAAUGCACUUCGUUCGAAAGGGGUUGCGUUAUCAACUUGCGUCAACUGGCUGUCCAAUUUUAUUGUUGGGAUCGUGACUCCGGUGAUGAUGGCUAAUAUUGGUUAUGGCACAUACGUCUUUUUUGCCGCGUGCUGUGUUCUCGCAGGAACGUGGGCCUUUUUUCUGGUUCCCGAGACAACCGGCAGAACACUGGAGCAGAUUGACGAAGUUUUUGGCAAUAUUAGCAAACAAGCACACCAUGAAUUUAUGAGGGAAACUACUUUCCAAGCGGCUAGAGGGGAAGGGAGGCUUGACGUGUGA